GUCACGCUGGCGGGGGCGGGGCCGGGCCCCGAAGCGUGUGACGCCGGGGAGCUGAGGAUUAAUGGGAAAAGUUUUGGCAGGAGCGGGCGGAUUCUGCGGAGCCUGCGGGACGGCUGCGGUGUCGCGGGGGCCGGCAGGGACAGUGUCGCACAGUGAUCUGGGCAUGCGCCUGGCACCCCCCCAGUGGCUACUGCUCACCGACAGAUGAGGACGGAUGCACCCGAGAGUUGCAGGAGCAUCUGCUGCUAUUCCCUUUGGGAAGCCAGAGCACUCAUAGGAAGCCUACCACAUAGAUUCUUAGAAGACCACAAGGAUUUAGGUUCCCAGCUUUGCCCCCUUAAGGCUAGAGACCGUUUCACAGAAGACUACUGGGUUCGAGAGUGGUCACAGGCUGACAGGAACUGCCCUGUAGAGGUCCAUCUGCGCGCAGACCCAGAUGAUGCCAGAGCUAUGACCAGGCCUGCAGGUGUGGCACCGAGGGGAGAUCAGCCAUGGAGCAGCCACAGGAGGAGACCCCUGAGGUCCGGGAAGAGGAGAAAGAGGAAGUGGCAGAGGCCGAAGGAGCCCCAGAGCUCAAUGGGGGACCAGAGCACGCGCUUCCCUCCAGCAGUUACACAGACCUCCCGCAGGGCUCCUCCCCAGCCUCGCUGCUAGACCAGCUGCAGGUGGGCUGCGACGGGGCCCCUGGCAGCAGCCUCAAUAUGGAGUGCAGGGUGUGCGGGGACAAGGCGUCUGGCUUCCACUACGGCGUCCACGCGUGUGAGGGGUGCAAGGGCUUCUUCCGCCGGACCAUCCGCAUGAAGCUGGAGUAUGAGAAGUGUGAUCGGAACUGCAAGAUCCAGAAGAAGAACCGAAACAAGUGCCAGUACUGCCGCUUCCAGAAAUGCCUGGCCCUGGGCAUGUCGCACAACGCCAUCCGCUUUGGUCGGAUGCCGGAGGCUGAGAAGCGGAAGCUGGUGGCGGGGCUGACAGCCAACAAGGGGCAUCAGCACAACCCGCAGCUGGCCGACCUGAAAGCCUUCUCCAAGCACAUCUACAAUGCCUACCUGAAAAACUUCAACAUGACCAAAAAGAAGGCCCGCAGCAUCCUCACCGGCAAGUCCAGCCACACAGCGCCCUUCGUGAUCCACAACAUCGAGACGCUGUGGCAGGCGGAGAAGGGUCUGGUGUGGAAGCAGCUGGUGAACGGCCUGCCGCCCUACAAGGAGAUCAGCGUGCAUGUCUUCUACCGCUGCCAGUGCACCACGGUGGAGACCGUGCGUGAGCUCACCGAGUUCGCCAAGAACAUCCCCAACUUUAGCAGCCUCUUCCUCAACGACCAGGUGACUCUGCUCAAGUACGGUGUGCACGAGGCUAUCUUUGCCAUGCUGGCCUCCAUUGUCAAUAAAGACGGGUUGCUGGUGGCCAAUGGCAGUGGCUUUGUCACCCACGAGUUCCUGCGCAGCCUCCGCAAGCCCUUCAGCGACAUCCUGGAGCCCAAGUUUGAGUUCGCUAUCAAGUUCAAUGCGCUGGAACUCGACGACAGUGACCUGGCUCUGUUCAUCGCGGCCAUCAUUCUGUGUGGAGACCGGCCGGGCCUCAUGAACGUGCCUCAGGUGGAAGCCAUCCAGGACACCAUCCUGCGUGCCCUUGAGUUCCACCUGCAGGUCAACCACCCCGACACCCAGUACCUCUUCCCCAAGCUGCUGCAGAAGAUGGCUGACCUGCGGCAGCUGGUCACCGAGCACGCCCGGAUGAUGCAGUGGCUCAAGAAGACCGAGAGCGAGACCUUGCUGCACCCACUGCUGCAGGAGAUCUACAAGGACAUGUACUGAGCCAGAGCCCAGGCCUCUGCAGGCCUCAGGGGCCUGGACACACAGGGCCCUGGCUCCCCCUUUCCCUCUGUCCCCUGCUUUGCUCCCCUGGCUUCUCUUUGUGCCUCUCACUUCGUCUUGCCAGCUCCCUCUUCCUUCUGCCCCGUCUCCCUUCUUGCUCUCCCACCUCUUUCCUGUCCCCAGUCUGUGUUCUCUCACCAGCAGCCUGUAUCAGGGCCCUCCUUUCCCACCCUUCUCUCUGAGAGGUGCCCCGCCCACUUUAGACCACACCCCUGUCGCCAGCCCCGCCCAUCUCCAGGCCCUGCCCCCUGCCUUCAGGCUCCUCCUAUCUCCAGUUGGAAUCCUGGAGCCAUCCAAAGAAACACUACUUUCUCUGGGUGGGGAAGGCUGGGCCUAGACUCACAGCAGCAGCUGCCUGUGGUCACUGGAUCCCUGCUGCAGGGACAGUGGGCAGGGUGCCUGGCCAAGACCCAGUAUGUCCUCCACACUGCCUCCUGCCUAGAGCCCAAGGCUGGCCCCAGACUCAAGAGCCCUUCCUAGCACCCCUGCCCCAAGACCUUUCGUCCUCUGCUCCAGUCUUCUAGAACAAUGUAAUUGGUGGCCCCUGCACUGGCCGCACCCCUAAGUUGUACAGAACCAGGGUUCCCUCCGGGAAGGGCCCUUGUCGCCCACUGAGAAUAAGAGAGGGGGAGAGAGGUUGAAAGAACAGGACAUUUAACUGACUCCUGGGGCAGGCCUCCAGCCACACCCACUCCUCACCCAGCAGCAGCCACCCCUCUGCCAGCACCGGCGUCUGGCCUGACAUUUGCCCCUCUCUCCAGCAGGAGGCGCUGGGCCAUCCCAGCAGCACUUCCAGGGCUGCUGCCCUGCACACCCUGCAUUGCACUGCGAUCACUUUACCGCGUUUCUGUGCCUCCCCCUCCCCCUCCCACUCCCUGAGAGAUGCAUGCCAGGCAGCCUCUGUCCUAGGGCCAGAUGAGUCCACUCAGGCAGGGUGCCUACCCAGCGGGAGCUGCCAGGGAUACGCUGCCCUGUCUGUUCUGAUGGACAUCGAGCUGACCCCUGGGAACUGCCCCUGCGCAGCCUCCGAUGCUGGGGACUGUGCAGACUGGUCCUGUGGCUCAGGCCAGCCACCUUGGGAGAGACCAGGGCCCAGCCUGGGGUGCGGGAUCCGCAAGAGGGCCUGUGGGGCCUGUGGGGGUGAAGGACCGGCUAGGGCCUCAAAGCAAGCUGAGCCAGGCUUUGGACCUGGGCCUCGAGGGCCCUGCCUUAGGCCCCAGCUGUGGGAGGAAUCACCCUGGAGACAGCACAGGCCCUGCCUGCCUAGUGGCCACCUGUGUCCCAAGGCCCCUCUGUUAGGAGACCCUUGCCUCUCCACUCCUGCACCGGCCUGACUUCGUGCUGGGGCGCUGCCCUCUGCGCCAAAGCUGUGAAGGAGGGCAGGGCCCGCUCCCGCCCCCGCCCCUGGCCGCCCCAUCUUGCUGAGGGCCUGGGACCUCAGUGUCUCUGCAAUCUCCAAUACUGAAAUGUAUAUUUUUGCUAGGAGCCCAAUUUCCUGUGUUUUUAAUAUAAAUAGUGUACACAGACUGACAGAACUUUAAAUAAAUGGGAAUUAAGUAUUUAAGAGCUGA